UGUGCUUUUUUUUUUAUGUUCUGAGUUUGUGUUGGCUUUCAGCCUUCCGUUCCUUUUGUUGUAUUUGACCUGGUGCCAAAUGAGAGUCAGCACUUAAGUUAUAUAUCAUUUUCUAACACAGUGACAGAAGGAAAACUCCGCCUUCCACACCCACUACUAAUUACCAUAUUGCUACAAAACAUGACAUUGCAUCCUUCACCCAUCACUUGUGAAUUUUUGUUUUCCACAGCUCUCAUUUCUCCAAAAAUGUGUUUGAGCCACUUGGAAAAUAUGCCUUUAAGCCAUUCAAGAACUCAAGGAGCUCAGAGAUCAUCCUGGAAGCUGUGGCUCUUUUGCUCAAUAGUUAUGUUGCUAUUUCUUUGCUCCUUCAGUUGGCUAAUCUUUAUUUUUCUCCAAUUAGAGACUGCUAAGGAGCCCUGUAUGGCUAAGUUUGGACCAUUACCCUCAAAAUGGCAAAUGGCAUCUUCUGAACCUCCUUGCGUGAAUAAGGUGUCUGACUGGAAGCUGGAGAUACUUCAGAAUGGCUUAUAUUUAAUUUAUGGCCAAGUGGCUCCCAAUGCAAACUACAAUGAUGUAGCUCCUUUUGAGGUGCGGCUGUAUAAAAACAAAGACAUGAUACAAACUCUAACAAACAAAUCUAAAAUCCAAAAUGUAGGAGGGACUUAUGAAUUGCAUGUUGGGGACACCAUAGACUUGAUAUUCAACUCUGAGCAUCAGGUUCUAAAAAAUAAUACAUACUGGGGUAUCAUUUUACUAGCAAAUCCCCAAUUCAUCUCCUAGAGACUUGAUUUGAUCUCCUCAUUCCCUUCAGCACAUGUAGAGGUGCCAGUGGGUGGACUGGAGGGAGAAGAUAUUCAAUUUCUAGAGUUUGUCUGUCUACAAAAAUCAACACAAACAGAACUCCUCUGCACGUGAAUUUUCAUCUAUCAUGCCUAUCUGAAAGAGACUCAGGGGAAGAGCCAAAGACUUUUGGUUGGAUCUGCAGAGAUACUUCAUUAAUCCAUGAUAAAACAAAUAUGGAUGACAGAGGACAUGUGCUUUUCAAAGAAUCUUUAUCUAAUUCUUGAAUUCAUGAGUGUAAAAAUGGAGUUCUAUUCCCAUGGAAGAUUUACCUGGUAUGCAAAAAGGAUCUGGGGCAGUAGCCUGGCUUUGUUCUCAUAUUCUUGGGCUGCUGUAAUUCAUUCUUCUCAUACUCCCAUCUUCUGAGACCCUCCCAAUAAAAAGUAGACUGAUAGGAUGGCCACAGAUAUGCCUACCAUACCCUACUUUAGAUAUGGUGGUGUUAGAAGAUAAAGAACAAUCUGAGAACUAUUGGAAUAGAGGUACAAGUGGCAUAAAAUGGAAUGUACGCUAUCUGGAAAUUUCUCUUGGUUUUAUCUUCCUCAGGAUGCAGGGUGCUUUAAAAAGCCUUAUCAAAGGAGUCAUUCCGAACCCUCACGUAGAGCUUUGUGAGAACUUACUGUUGGUGUGUGUGUCUAAACAUUGCUAAUUGUAAAGAAAGAGUAACCAUUAGUAAUCAUUAGGUUUAACCCCAGAAUGGUAUUUUAUCAUUACUGGAUUAUGUCAUGUAAUGAUUUAGUAUUUUUAGCUAGCUUUCCACAGUUUGCAAAGUGCUUUCGUAAAACAGUUAGCAAUUCUAUGAAGUUAAUUGGGCAGGCAUUUGGGGGAAAAUUUUAGUGAUGAGAAUGCGAUAGCAUAGCAUAGCCAACUUUCCUCAACUCAUAGGACAAGUGACUACAAGAGGCAAUGGGUUGUCCCCUGCAUUGCACUGUCUCAGCUUUAGAAUUGUUAUUUCUGCUAUCGUGUUAUAAGACUCUAAAACUUAGCGAAUUCACUUUUCAGGAAGCAUAUUCCCCUUUAGCCCAAGGUGAGCAGAGUGAAGCUACAACAGAUCUUUCCUUUACCAGCACACUUUUUUUUUUCCUGCCUGAAUCAGGGAGAUCCAGCAUGCUGUUCAGGCCUUACCCCAACCAAAUUCCCCUCUUCACUUUGCAGGGCCCAUCUUAGUCAAAUGUGCUAACUUCUAAAAUAAUAAAUAGCACUAAUUCAAAAUUUUUGGACUCUUAAAUUAGCUACUUGCAGGUUCUUGUUGAAAGGUGUAUAAUAUUACAUUGUAAACAAAUUUAAAAUAUUUAUGGAUAUUUGUGAAAAGCUGCAUUAUGUUAAAUAAUAUUACAUGUAAAGCUAUUUAAAAGAGUUUUUUUUUGUAUUUUGUGUAACAAAAAUUGCUCAGGAGCAUGCUAAGCCUGAGGCCAAGUUGUUUCUUAGUAUGACUUUUUAAAAAAACAUCUGCUGAGUAGCUACAGGGCCAAAGACUUGGAGAGCUUGUUUCUGUUGCAUUUGCAUAUCUUCUCAGGAAAUUAAAGUGUGUCAUACAUGUGUGUGUGUGUGUGUGUGUGUGUGUAUAUGUAUACAUAUAAAAUCUUGGUGUUCUUGAUCUUUGUUGUGUUAUAAGCAAUGUGUGCUGGAGUGGGCUGGUGCUAGCUUAUAAGCACAUAUUAUUAAAUUUUCAGGAAUGUUGCACUUUAGUUAUUAACUAUAGGCAUUCUUGAAAUUGGCUAUGGUGGGAGUAUUUAUACCAUGUAAAUUGGCAAACACUACACAUUUUCCUUUUGGACAGCUAGUUCACCAGCACACCACUGUGAAACUCUCCUUAAUGACUCCUCUCUGCCCCCGCUUCAUUCCUGGGAUAAUCAUGGCAGACUAAGGGAGAAAAUGAAAUUGUAAAAAUUUGGCAUACUGGUGAUUUCUCAGGGCAAGCAGAGGUUACUACAGCUGCAGCUAGAGGGAUGACUACCAACCAGGUGACCUUUACAUUUUCCUGAUGUUAUAAUUUUAGCUUUUGUUUUCAAUGUAUACUGUUUUCCUGUUUUUCCACAUAGUAGCCUGCAUUUUAAAUCUAUAAUAAAACAUGCUGAUAA